AUGGUAGGUUGCGGAACUCUACAACGUGGUCAAAUGGAUGGAGAUCUAUCAAAUCGCGCUUUUAUAGGAGAACAAGCGAGAGCGAAUGAGGAACUCAAAGAUUUUUUUCAAUCGUAUGGCAUCGACUGGAAAUGUCUUCCACCGUCUUGUGGUCAAGAAGAUUUUGACGUUGCACCAAAUGGCCGUGGUUACGGCACUUCUAAAAGUUACCUCAUAUACGACUAUCGACAAGUUACGUUGGCGCUGGUAUUCAAAGAGCGCGAAGGUGAUCACCGUGCCCACGUCAAGCGAGACGUCAAAGACAUGACCUUUUUGACUCAUGGCAUCAUCUGGGAUUUGCAAAUAAAAGAAGUGACAAGUUAUUCGAGUCAACGAAGACAGCACACACAAAAUUGA